CCCCCCACCCUCCUUCACCCUCUGACAGAGAGCUCUCCGUGGUGCUGAUAGCAGAAAAACACGUUCAGGCUCCAGUUACAGUGCAGCUGCAAAGGGACGGUCGGCGAGACACAUCAAGACGAAAACAAAAAACAACUAACUGGAGAAAGAGACUAGGGUACAAGUGCGAAUGAAGAUGAGUCGCACACAGCAAGCAAAAUAGGAGUAUAGGAAAAGGAAGGAGAGAGAGGGUGAUGACGCUCUAGUAGAAGGUGGCUACAGUAGGCAGUGGGCGUGUUCUUCUUGUUGUGAUCUAUAGUUGGGAAGCCCGGUGUCAUCUGCCUAAGCACAGACCGACUGUAUAGACCUGUGCGGACGAGUAGGGCGGAGGGAGCCGGCAGGGAAUGCCAUACCAGGAAACGCACACCACUCUGCUGUACCUCGGUCUCAACCUUCAGGGCACUGUGGACGAGGAUUCCUUUCACCUGUGAGACAUUUUGUGCAUCCGGACAUCUUGGAAAGAAGCAUUAGAGAGAUUGUGAGUGACUGGUUUGCAACUGCAAGGGGAGUUUGAUGUGAGUGUUUGAGAGUGCCAGUGUGUAUUUGUGUCAUGCUUGUAGUUGCGGGUGCGGUCUGUUGCUACGCUGCAUCUGCCUUCUGUCUCUAGCAUGUGCAGGUGUGUGGAGCAGUGAAGCUGGCACCUGGCUAGGAGUUUGUCACCAUCUGGACUAGAGGGGGGCGUGGGGGGGAGGGAGGGGAGGGGGUAUCUCUCUUUUCUGCCCAGGGGAGGGAGCAUUGGGCCGGGCACCCAAUGGCCCAGCUCCCCUCUAGCACCAACCUUAACCUGGGUCACGGGGAAUCCUUCUAGCUAGUCAAUCAGCUGGACCAUACAAUGGAUGGAAGUCUAUGUGGAUUUAAGUGGAAAAGUGCAUGGUUGCUCCAGCAUAGGUCAGAGUUCCCUAGCGUGCACUGGACUCAUCAGGGGAAGACAGAAGACACGUUGGAACACAAACUAGCAGGGACACAGCCUCAUUAAUGCUGUGGAAACACUUGAAGAAUGAUGAGCUCCAAAGAGGAGGAAACUCUCCGUUUUUUCCAGUACGUUGAGGAGAAUGGGCUGAGAGCCUACAAUGGCCUGGUAGCUCAGAACUUAGACCACGCCAGGAAUGAGAGAAAUAGAACAUUCCUGCAGGAGAAAAACGACAAGAAGAGAAAACAGGAGGAAGCCAUAAGGAGGACAGGUGAGGACAUUGCAACUGAAGGCAAGCACUUACGUAUGGGCUCCAUUACCAUAUCGGACCCCCAGGAGCGCAUGCCCAUGCCCCACCUGCAUGCCCUUGCCUGUGGGCAGGGCUUCUCCGUACGCUCCCAGUCCCUCCACUCUGUUGGCGGUGGGAACAGUGGGGGUGGAGGAGAGGAGGAAGUAGGAAGCCCGACCUCUAGGAAGCAGCCCCCACCCAAGCCCAGGAGGGACCCGGCCACCAAGCUGAGCAUGUCGUCGGAGGCGGUGGACCACAGUCCCACGUCCACCUGCCGCGGGGAGAGAUGUGAUGCAGCUCAAGGAUGCAGUGAGGACUGCAGGAGGGUGCCGCCACCCAAACCUAAGAGAAACCCCAACACACAACUGAGUGUUUCUUUCGAUGAGUCCUACAUCAAGAGCCACGGAGGCAGCGGGGUUUGCCCCUCCAGACCCCUCCACUACGUCACCUCCCCCUGUGAACGCAACCCUUCGCCCCCACAGAGCGAUGAGAGCCCUACAGAGGACUGUGAAGAUGAACCUGUCUACAUAGAGAUGGGCGGGAUUGAUGUCGGAGCACGAGAGCCCCUGAAGAGUGAGGAUGAGGAGCCAGGAGAGUCUGUGUACGAGGAGAUGAAGUACCCAGCUCUGGAUGAUAUGGAGUACCGCACUGACCCUGUGGGAUGUCGCUCGGCGUGCCCCACCCCAGCACCCUAUGACCCUGAACCUCUCAGUCGCUGCUCCACACCUCGAAACAUUCCCCUCUGUGACAUUCCUGCACCCUUUCCCAAUUUACUCACCCAUCGGCCUCCGCUGCUGGUGUUCCCACCGGCGCCGGCCCAGUGCUCGCCUAACUCAGACGAGUCUCCCCUAACCCCCCUAGAUGUAACCAAAUUGCCCAUGAUGGAGAACCAAUCCUACAGCAAAUCUCCAACCUCCUCCACUGAGCCACCCUCCUCUGCACACAUCCGCAGGGAGCUCACUGCCACCCCAACCCUCACCGUCUCUGGCCGCUCCUCUGCGCCUCCUCUACCCUGUACCCUCUACAAAUCCUCCUCCUCAUCCUCCUAUCAGCGCAGCCACUCUGCUUGCCCAUCUCCAGUCAGCAUGGGCCGCUGUCUCACCCCUCUCAGCCUCAUGCGUACACCUCCCUUUGAAGCGCCAAUGCCAUUCCCUGGGGGUCUGCCGCGGAGCGCCUCCGCCACCCCUCACGGCAAGGGCUCGCCACCUCAAGACGGCGUGGGUCGACUCCAUGGCUCUAUGCAGAAUGUGUCAACAGGUCGUUCACGGACACCCACCAGCCCACUGGAUGAACUAACUAACCUGUUCACAACUGGUAGGAACAUGCUGAAGAAAAAUGCCAGUGGCAGGAAGUCUAAAGAGCCUGGAGAGACGGAGUCCAAAAGCAAGUCUCACAGCGAGUCCAAACGUGAGGGCAAGGAGCGCCACAGUCACAGCAAGGAGUCCAAGAGAGACUCCAAGGACCGCCACAGCAAAGAGUCCUCUCACCGGAGAGACAGAGACAAAGACAGAGACAAAAACAGAGACAGAGACAAAGACAGAGACAGAGACAGAGACAGAGACAAAGACAAAGACAAAGAAAGAGACAAAGACAAAGAAAGAGACAAAGACAGAGACAAAGAAAGAGACAAAGACAGAGAUAAAGAAAGAAGGAGCAGUAAUGUAGAGCCACUUCCCCACAGACGCAACAGUAAAGACCGUCCUCAUAGCGGUGCAGAUGCACCAGCUGUUUGCAGGGAUAGCAGGGACCAGGGCUGCAGCAGUGUGGAGCCCAUCCCAUUGAUAAGAAGAGACUCCAAGGACCGAGGGCUUAGCAAUGGUGACCUGAUGCUAAGGAGAGACAGCAAAGACCGGGGUGGGGGACAUGGAACGGAGUCUUUGUUGAGACAGGACAGCAAAGACAGACUGCUAGAUCAGCCACCUGAGCUGUUACCAAGACAAGACGGCAAGGAAAGGGCAAGAAACGGUGUAGACUCUAGACAUGAAAGCAGAGAGAGACUGCUGGAUCAGCCACCUGUGCUCGUCCCACUACAGGAUAGCAAAGAGAGAGCCAGGAACGGUGUGGACUCAAAGCAUGAAAGCAGAGACAGGCCACCUGAGCUUCUCCCCCGACAAGAAUUCAAAGACAAAGCCAGAACCGGAGCAGAAUAUAGGCAUGAUAGCAAAGACCACCGUCCUGAGGUGUUACCCCCACAGGAUUUUAAAGAGAGAGCAAGGAAGGACAUGGAACACAGACACGAAGGUAGAAUAGACCAGCCACCCGAGAUCCUUCCGCGACAAGAAACGUCCAGAAGAAGCAACAGCAAGGACACGGUUGGCUACAGCUCCGAAUCCAAGCACGAGGGGAGAGAUCGGAGCUGCCACAACGGGGGAGAUCUCCCUCCUCCACCUCUGCCUAGGCAGGACAGCAAAGAUCUGAGCCGAACUGGACUCGAAGUGAGACGGGAUAGCAAAGACAGAAGUCUGAAUGGCUCAGAGCAGCAUCAUUAUGCUGUCAAAAGCACCAAGAGCCGUUCUGCAAUGGAGUACAGGUGUGAUAGUAAAGAACGAGGAUACAGAUCAGAUGGCACGCCCAGACGAGAUAAAAGAGAAAAUUACAGCACGGACCAAUCAAAAGCACAAGAGAGGAAUGGCAGCACAGCGUCAGGGCAGCAUUCAUCCACGACGACACCUACUCACCACGGGAGAUCAUCGGGUAGCCCACCAAUGACCACAGGAACAGGAAAUGACCUGAAAGCGGUACCGAAAUAUGGUCGCUCCCAUUCUAUUCCGGCUAACCCCUCUCCAAUGGGAACGCCACAAAGGAAAGUAGCAGAGGCACAUCAAAGUCAGAUGCCCCAGAUGCCAUGGAUCUGUGGCGACACCACCAUGCUGGAACAGAUCGAGAGGAAACGCACCCUCUGCAUGGAGAUCCGCUCCAGACAACAUCCACACCUGCAGAGAUUUCUGGAGAGGCCUCCUCCUCCGGACAGGAACGAGGACAGGCACCAGGAGCGGAGUCAGUGCAAGCAAGAAAGUGCAUCUGUGUUGCCAGUCUGGGGGAAAAGCAACGGGACUAAAAAGAUCCGUCCUCCCCCUUACCCUACACAGAAAACCGUAUUCUGGGACACGGCCAUCUGACAUUAACAACACACUUACACCUCCCUGCCACACAACCCCCAAUUACCCUCUCCCUCUUUCCUCCGGGUUAGGCUGAUUCUUCCCUGCAACAUCAGGGGCGUCAGGGCAGCCAAUAAGAGCACAGGGGGAUGAUACUCGCUGAUGUCAAAGGACAAUGGUGGUUACCAUAGCAAUAUUUCUGCUUGUUCAGGUUGUCAUGUUUUCUUAUCAUCACUGGUGAUAUUUGAUAUUUUUCUAUUUCCUGUGACUGGAUUCUUGUAAUAUAAUUAGUAGAAUAGAUAUUUGAUUAAUAGAUAUUUUCUAAAUGAGAGGAGGAUUAAAAAGAGGCUUAAAUGAUGUAUAGUAGAUGUAGAUGCAAUCUAAUGUUUGUUCUUCUGUUAUUUUUGUUGGUUAUUUUACAUUUGAAAGCAUACUCUAUCAAUACUUGUACUGUAGUAGCAUAAUUUUCUUAUGCCCAACUCUUUUUUUUUCUGUGCUUGAAAGCACUAAACUGAAUGGACUAUUCAAUUCUGUCUAUAUAUACUUUAACUUUUCACUGUUGUAUUGUAAGAUGAGGAGUUAUAGUGCUUUAGAUUCCAGCGCCCUCCAUGCCUGGUCCAGUACAGUAUGUUCUAGAAUGUACAACAGUUGGUCCUAGAACAUAAACAGGAAACUUUGUGUGCUUCAGUUUGUAUAUUACAGUAAGAAGCAGUGCAGUCACUAGUGAAAGCCUUUUGAAGCAGUUGAAUUGUUUUAUAGGAAAACCUGUUGGCUGGCAUGUUGUAGAGGACAGAGAAAGUGUGAAACGCUGUUGUCUAAGAUACACUAUGAGGGUGGGUUGGGGAGGUAGUAAAUUAGAACAUACAUUAUUAACAGUAUAAUUUCCAAGACCAGCCAAAGCCUGUUAAAGCGAGAUAAAGGUGUGGUUGCACUUUGGACAGUUGGUUAUUUGAAAUGGGGUUGGUGGCCAUGCACACUGCGAGCACCAUGACAUACUUGAUGCCAACGACCCGCCCGUACAAUCAACACCUGAGCUUUUAGACCAUUUUCUUAAUUUUACUGCAGAUUAUAAUAGCCAUAUGCACUUGCUUCAGAAGAACUUUCAAGAUUAUGCGUAUAUAUAUUUUUUGAAAAUGUUAAAAGGUAGUUGUGCCAUGUAAGUUUUUAAGUUCUUGGCAGGGGAGGUAAAGCCUCAGGAGGCUGGCUGUGUGUGACACACAGUCAUCUGUGAUUGGUUGUCUCUGACGAUGUUCCCAAUUCAAUUGGCUGGCAACCAUUUUAGAGAUCAAAAUUAUUUAAGGACCUAUAACAUGGCAACAGCUCUACCCAGUCAAGCAGUCAGGGGUUGCAUAAUGGCCUACACAUCUUCGAGGCUUUGUACAAAAAAAAAAAGAAAUCUGCACUACCCAUCAUAUUACAUCACAUUAAAUCAGGCUGAUUACGUACAUGCCCUCUCUCCCUGCUCUCUCCCUCUACCUCAACCUCCUACUGACAUCAUCUAAAUGGGUUCUCUUUAGCACAUUAAAAUGCAAUGUCGACAUUGCCAAAAUAGUGUGGGUUUGACAAAUGAUACAGCCCUUAGAGUGCAAGUGCAGUACCCCCUCACUGGUGAAGAAUCAAUGCUACAGAGGUCCCUCUGUGUUCUACGUGUGUGUGUGUAUAUGUGUAUGUGUGCAUGCGUGCGUGUGUGCAUGCGUGCUUGUGUGUAUGUGUGAGGGAGGGAGAGAGCAAUGUGCGUUUGUGUCUGUGUGCCAAGCUACACCGUAUGCAAGUUGAAUCUUUAAAAAUGAUUGUUUUAAGACAUUCACUUUGCCCUAUCCAUGAUGUUGGUGGGUGGAGGUUGGAAAUGUAAUAAUGAUGAUGUACAAUCUUUUUGUGUGUAUAAACGUGCACUGUGAAAAGUUAGAGAGAGCACCGCACUGUCAGAGUCCUCUGUCUUAUUGCACUUGAGUGUUCUCUUGUUUUUGCGUUAUAAAAAAAGAAAAGGAAAAAACAUGUUUGAGGAAAAAAGUACUGUAUUCUGAUUGUCACUUGGGUUCUGUUGAGAGAAACAAAUAAAUAUGAACUUGAAACCCGCUAUGGAAAA